AUGCGCCGCCUCCAGGUCCUGGGCUCCUCCUUAUUGGGGACACUGCUCCUCCCAACGGCCUACGCAAGUCUACAGAUUGUCCCCGGGGCAACCUGGACAGUGUCCAACGGCGAGCACCUCAACGCCCACGGCGCCGGCGUGAUCCGCGUCAACGGCACGUUCUACCUGAUCGGCGAGGACAAGUCGGACGGGUCCGCCUUCAAAAACGUCAACUGCUUCUCGUCCAAGGACCUGGUGCAAUGGACCUACGAGGGUGCCCUGCUCUCGCGCACGGGCUCCGGCGACCUCGGCCCCAACCGCAUCAUCGAGCGUCCCAAGGUCAUCUUCAACGACAAGACGGGCAAGUACGUCAUGUGGAUGCACGUAGACAGCAGCAACUACGGGGACGCGAAGGUCGGAGUUGCUGUUGGGGAUACGGUUUGCGGGGCGUAUAGAUACCAGAGGAGCUUCAGGCCUCUGGGAUUUGAGAGCCGAGACAUGGGCUUGUUCAAGGACGACGACGGCACGGCGUACCUGCUUACCGAAGAUCGCAAAAACGGGCUCCGCAUCAACAAGCUGACAACCGACUACCUCGACGUCACCGAGGCCACCUACCUGUGGAAAGAGAGCAUCGAGUCGCCGGCCAUGAUCAAGCUCAACGGGCGCUACUACAUGUUCGGCAGCCACCUGACGGGGUGGGAUCCCAACGACAACGUCUACAGCCACUCGGCCUCGCUCAAAUCGGGCUGGUCAUCCUGGGCCACCUUCGCCGACAAGGGCUCUAACACGUACGCCUCGCAGACGACCUAUAUCCUCAACUUCGGCGCCGACGCCAACUCCCCGGCCAACAUCAUGUACAUGGGCGACCGGUGGGUGUCCAAGAACCUGCAGGCGUCCACCUACAUCUGGCUCCCGCUCUCCAUUUCGGGAACCAGCGUGACCCUGAAGAACCGCGGCUCCUGGCUGCCCAACCUAGGGACAGGCACAGGGACGGGAACGGGCACGGGGACAUGGUCCGCCGCCCCGUCCCAGACGACCUACGACCCGACCGUCUCCUCGGUCGGGCGGUACUCGGGCGCGGCGCGCACCGUGUCCUGCUCCAAGUGCGACGGCGGGAAGGCCGCCGGCUACCUGGGUGGGGCGGACAACGGCGCGCUGAGCAUCUCGGGCGUGCGCAGCGACGUGGAUGGCGUGUCGACGCUGCAGAUCCGCUUCGCCAACGGCGACAGCUCGCCGCGCUAUGCCGCCGUCACGGUGAAUGGCGGGCAGCGGACCAAAGUGGCGUUUGCGCCGACGGCGGGGGAGGUGAGGACCAGUGUGGUGCAUGUGCAGCUGAGGAAGGGGACCGCGAAUGAGGUUGUCAUUGGCGGGGUGGAUGGGGGGUGGGCGCCGGAUGUUGAUCUGCUUGUUGUGCCGGUUUCUUGA